ACGUAGCAUUGUAUACAUGCAACAUGGUCGAUUGUGGGAAUAUACGAUGCGUCCAAGAGAGAAAGUCUUUCAAGAAAGAAUUGUUGUCUUGGAGUAAAAAAGUUCCCAUCGCCGUCGGUCUAGAAAGAAUUGCAGAAGAAUUAGGAGGUCAGGCUCACAUCAAGGAGCUGUUAUUGCCAUUUAAUGACUUGGAAACUGAUGAAAUAGAAGAUUGGGAACCCGACAGGAAGUGUUCAUUCUGCGAAAGUAGGGUACAACUAGUCUUUGAAGCUGUAGAACAACUUAUUGACGAAGCAAAAAAUGGAAAAGGGGUCCAGGACAACGCAAGUAUGCGAUAUCUGCAAGAGAUCCUGCCAUACUGUCCCCAGUUCUACACCCAAAACAUGGGGCGGGAACUACUCGCAGAACUCAAAUCUUCAGGGCAGAAUGUAGAAAACAGUGAACCAGACACCAACGUGCCACAGCAACCCUCCUUGGUAGAACUUAAGAUCCCACAUAUAGUCACCCAGGCAAGUAAGCACAAGAAGGAGAAUAUCCCGAACUGUAAAAAGAACUACACAGAUGAUGAGCUCACAGAGGCUGUGUCCGAGAUACAAAAUGGCAAACUAGGAACAAGACGGGCCUCUGCUCUCUACGGAAUCCCUCGCUCAACGCUCCGUAACAAAAUAUUCAAAAUGGAUGCAGACAAACUGACCCUGUUGCAUGAGGAUGGUUUGGAUGAUGAAGAUAGCCAGGAAUCUGGUAUAAAAUGGUCAGAGCUCAUUCAGGGCAACCUUCUGCCCCUGGCUCUACCUCAACUUCCUCCGACACUCCCGUGUGAUUUGAAAGAGACCAAGAAAGUUGAGACAGAUGAAAACACUGAAAGGAAGUUAGACACCAUCCGUAAGAAACACAACCUGUCUGGGAAGGAGGAGCUUUAUUACGAGAUGUAUGAACACGAACUAAAAAUGCCCAUUUUGAAAGAUAUAAUACGCAAACUCGCAGAGGAAAGAUUAGAAAUGGAGAGAAAUGCCUCAAGGGUUAGAGUUUUAAAACACGACGAGAUCACACUUGAUGGAUUAGGUAGUCUUAAGCGGCCUUCAGUUGGGAGGACUGACGAAGGAUCAGAACCUCCCAUCCCAUCUUACCAAGAUAUCAUCAUUCCGUCCUACAAGUCGACUAGGAGUCCGAUCAAGCAGGAACAUGCCUUUACCAGUUCACUUGAUAAGUUGGAGAACUCUGCUAUUGGUGAUACGUUGAAAGAAAUUAUCAUGAAAACAAUUAGUGAGAAAGUAAAAUGUAAGUCCCACCAAGUGGGUGACCUAGUUUUACAUAAGAGCCAUCACCAGACAUUCCAGCCAAACGGUGCCUCUCCUGCCAAGCAAAUAAAGAAAGAAGACCACGACAAGAAGAAGGGAUCGGUAGAUUCUCCAGGAACUCCCGCCAAAAAGACGCGCCCCAAAAGAGGCCAGUACCGUAAGUAUAAUAGUCAGCUGCUUAUGGAAGCAGUAAAGGCUGUGCAGCGGGGAGAGAUGAGUGUGCAUCGCGCAGGAAGCUACUACGGUGUGCCUCACUCCACAUUAGAAUACAAGGUCAAAGAGCGACACCUCUUGCGACAGAAGAAGAUCAAGGAACAGCAACAACAGAAGGAAGCAGCAUCCGCAUCGGCAGCUACUACCGCUAAGAAGACCUCAGCCUCUGUGGAUGUAGGAGUCACUGGUAGUUCCAGUGGCAGGAGUGGUCAGGGCAGCAAAGCUACCCACAGUGUCAAGGAGGAAGUGUCGAAAAAACUCGAAACGCCGGAAAAAAUGGAAGGAAGCUGUCCAUCGUGGUACACAUCGUAUUUAGUAGGUGCCUCUCACUUGGACGGCUCCCCUGGGCUAGGUUUCCCCUCAGGAUUCGCCUUAAAUACCCCCGCCUCAGAGUUACUGCGUAAACUUCAACACAAGGUUCAGAGUAAGUCGGAUUCUUAUGCCGAGGAUAGUAACUACAGUAAGAGAGGAGUCGGAGCACUCGGAGAUGGCUAUUUCUACAUAAAUUAAGCAGGAUGUCCACUUCCUGCCGUUCCUCUACCUGAACCCGUCUCAGCCAGCUGUUACAGGCACCAAAGUGAUUCUGUUAUUAUUGUGGGAUUAGAUUUUAACUUUAUCUUAAUACUGCCCAUGUAUCUGAUCUGUACCCAGAAUCAACUUAAGGGAAGGGUCUGAUAUCAUUCCACUACAGGGUAUUAUAGGGGGAAAACAACAUAUCUUCAUUAUCUAAAUCAUGAUGUAAUUGGUUACAAUUCAAGCCUAGUCUUGUCCUGGACAGAGUGUUUGGUAUUCACUGCAGUGUUUUUGUUACCUAGAUUUCUGUUCCUACAUGAAUUGGGAAAAUAUAGCAUUACUUGUACUGAAGUUGGGAAUAUAUUCCUCAGUUUUUGGUCAUUUUGGGAAAAUAAAGCACUUUUUAGGUAUGGGAAACGGCCUGUAUUCGGCAGUAAAAUUGAGCAAAAAAAAUCACUGCACUGAUAUAGAAAAAAAUAUUCUCUGUUGAACACUUUACAAAUAGGUGGGUCAUGAAUAUUGUUGAAUAUCUUACAAAUGUUGAACCUGUGUCGAGUUGAAAGUUUGGGGUGUUUUUUAUAAUAUUACUGCAUAAUGGUUUUGUGUAUGACAUUAAGAAAUUCCAGAACACAACAGCAAUAAAAUGUACGUGUGGUUUUUAGGGCGUUUAUAAUUAACUAUCCAUUUAAAGAUUUAGAUAACAAACUGUUGUUCCUAUCACGAGAAGUAAAAUGUCUGUAAUAUAUAAAAAAAAAUAUGUAUGAAACUGACUGAUAUCAAAGAAUGUCUUGGUCUUGUAAUAAUGUCGGGUUUAAAGAGUCGAACAUGUUACAACUAGGCUCAUUAUCUCCCUUUGACAAGCAGUGACACGCUGGCUGAGACAGGUUUUGUCCACAGGAACAACAGCCUUCAGCUGUAUACCUUGCCUAUCAAUGCUCAAAGAUUAUACUUUAUUAAUAUUCAUACAGAAUCUGAGAAAUAUUGCAGAAUCUCUAAAGAUGCCAGCAGGCACUCAAACAUUUCCUAUGUAAGCAGCAGACGUUUGUUCUUACUAAGAUGCAAUAAGAACUCAAAGUUAUUUUAUAAGAUGUUGAUUUUAUUUGGGAGUAUAAUAAUUGUUGCUAAUUUUGCAUUUAUGAAAUGCAGCAUGACAAUAUGUAUUAGUAGGAAACAUGUCAGAAGGUUUCACAAUAAAACAUUACCUGGGAGUUACGUUUAGUAGGGCUUUCUGUAGACCACUGAAAGAAUAUUUUUGAUUCCCCGAAACAAUGAUUGACAGCUGGUGGGUUUGAAAUGGAGCAUGUCUUAUUAACAUGUUUAACUUUACAAAUUUCACAGCCAAAUAUUCUUCUGAAAAUGUCAACUGAAAGCCCUGAUUAAUUGUAUAAAUUGUUCAACGUUCUGCUGUAUCAUUGUCAUCUACAAAAGUUAUACUGUGUUGUGUAUGUGAACAACAAAUACAAGAUAACAAAUACAAAUACAAGACAUUUACAACAAAGUUCUAUUAUUUAAUACAAGACAUUUACAACAAAAUUCUACUAUUAAAUAUAAGACAUUUACAAUAACGUUCUACUAUUUAAUACAAGACAUUUACAACAAAAUUCUACCGUUGAAUACAUGUACAACAAAGUUCUACUGUUCAAUACAAGACAUUAACAACAAAUUUCUACUAUUUAAUACAAGACAUUUACAACAACGUUGUACUAUUUAUUUAAUACAAGACAUUUACAACAACGUUCUACUAUUUAAUACAAGACAUUUACAACAAAGUUCUACUAUUCAAUACAAGACAUGUACAACAAUGUUCUACCAUUAAAUACAAGACAUUUACAACAACGUUCUACUAUUUAAUACAAGACAUUUACAACAAAGUUCUACUAUUUAAUACAAGACAUUUACAACAAAAUUCUACUAUUUAAUACAAGACACGUACAACAAAGUUCUACUGUUUAAUACAAGACAUUUAUAACAGUUCUACUAUUUAAUACGAGACAUUUACAGCAAAGUUCUAUUUAAUACAAGACAUGUACAACAACGUUCUACUAUUUAAUACAUGUACAACAAAGUUCUACUGUUUAAUACAAGACAUGUACAACAAAGUUCUACUAUUUAAUACAAGACAUGUACAACAACGUUCCACUAUUUAAUACAAGACAUUUACAACAAAGUUCUACUAUUUAUAUAUUUAAUACAAGACAUUUACAACAAAGUAUGUGUGCAACAGUUCUACUAUGUAAUACAAGUACUACUAAGUUCUUACGGGUAUUACAUUGUACAUGACCGCAGUAGGUUUUAUACCUUCAUGUUCUGUCCAAAAUGGUUUUUAAGAAAAUAACCGAUAGAAGUGUGUAACUCCCAACAUUUAUCAUGUUAUUUUGAAAUGUUUGUUCAACAUUUUGCUUUUUGGUGGUUUUUGUGAUAUAUUGUAUUGUAAUCAGAACAACUAGUCAUGCAUGAAUGACUGCUAUUAGUGUUUUGUUUUGUGAUUUGCUCUGAGGGAGUUUUUUUUUGCUAAUAGUGUUUCUCUCGGGUCAAUUUAAUGAGAGAACUAUUUGCGUUGAAGUAUUGGGAUUAUGUGCAACAGAAGGAAAUUGUUGAUCUUGGUUUUCAGCCAAAAGAAGAAAUCUAGACAAAACAAUAGUCUGGAUUAAAGCCAUUAUAGACUAUACAUGUACAUCAGGUCCAACAAUUAUCAUUCUAAAAAUUGUGUUUUAAACGUAUCGGCACAGGGUUAUUUUUAACACAAAAUCCACGUAUAUGUUAAUGUAACAGUCUACGUCGAUAAACAUUUUUUAUUGUUAUGUAUAUACUAUUCAGUCAUAUUAUCAGAUUGGACAGAACUCUGUCUCUUUGAAUAUUGAAUGAUAAUUAUCGACAUUUUGACCUAUUAUUAGGUUACAUGUAGUAUUUAUUGAGAAUUUUUCAAGACAUUAUCCUUUGACGGGCUAUCGUUUACCGACAUAUUGUCUUAAAAUUUACAUAUUGUAUACAUUAUAUAUUUAAUGGAUUUUGUUUUUUGAUUUAAAGGGUGUUUUAUUUAUGAAAAGCUUGGAAUAGCUUGACUCACAAUCUAUGUACAGUUCAUAAAGAAACAAUGUACAUAAAGUAAAUUUACUAAAGAAACUUGAUACAUGUACGAAAUGGACCAUUGGUGACAAAACAUGUAUCAUUAUGUCAGAGUUUGUGUCAAACAAUGAUAUUUAUUAUCCUAUAUAUGAACCUUAUUUAUCAGAUCAUGAAAUAUAAUUUAUUUACAUGUUUUUAAAACAUCCUCAUCAUUAAUUAAUUUCACUUUAUGUAACAUUCCAUUUGGUACUCCAAUUUUGUUUCCAGAUCUGAUUUUUAUGCCUUUUAUUUAAUAUUUUUCUUGUGCAAUACUACAAUACAUUCUAGUCCCUAUACUGGUAUCUUCAUCUGAAAUUUAAUAUUUAUUUCCGACAAAAUGAUUAUGAUCUGUGUAUAACUAUAUAUUUUAUCCACUUUGAUAUAAUAAGUGCUAAUCAAUUGAUCUUUUUUUGUUUGGAAGUGGAUUACCAUAGGUAAAUAUUCUAGACAACUUCCUGUAAAUUGAUUUUGUGUUAAUAUUUUUUGUGUUUUCAUUAUUUAUCUCUGAACAGGUGCUUGUUCAUUUAUGAAUAUUAACAAGUUUCCUUAGUUAUGGGUUUUUAUUGUCAUUAUUAUUAAACAAAGUGAAGGACUUCUGUUAUUUAUGUAAGUUAUUGUUAAAGAUACUCUAUAUUAAUGACUGCCAAAUGAAUCUCCACAAUCUACAAAACCUACCCGUUAUAUCUUAUGAAGGGUAAUCUCAGCUUGAAUCAUUAGUUCAUGCCACACUUGAAAAGUGCAGAGAUUGAUAUCACUGUUUAUCGUGCAGAAAUUAACGAUACUCCAAUAAUCGUGCAGAGAUUGAUAACCCUUUGGUAUUGGUACAGAGAUUUAUAACUCUGGUAUUGGUACAGAGAUUAAUAACUCUGGUAUUGAUGCAGAGAUUUAUAACUCUGGUAUUGGUACAGAGAUUUAUAACUCUGGUAUUGGUACAGUGAUUGAUAACUCUGGUAUUGAUACAGAGAUUUAUAACUCUGGUAUUGAUACAGAGAUUUAUAACUCUGGUAUUUGGGCAGAGAUUGAUGACAUUCCAAUGUUCAUUACAGAGAUUCUGACAGAUAUUCUGAUAUUUAAUACAGAGAUUUGUAACACAUGGUAGCGUAAGGGGAUCCAACUUUUAAUAAGAGGGUUAGUGGCCUCAGUGACGCCAAUACAGAAUUAGGAUUUGUGAUGGAUUGUUUAUCUGUUUUAAACUCAUUUCCCCUUAAAGUCAUCUUUUUACCUUACCAAAUCAAGGACUGGGCAAGUCCAGUUUAGAUAUGUAGGGGUGAAUGAGAUAAUCAGUAAUCAGAUCGGAUGUCUGGCCCGUUUCAAAUCUAGCAAUUUCAUCUGAUAUAGCAUUUUCAUAUUCCAGGGGUUAAGCUUUCUGGUAUUCUCUGCACCCCAGGAAUUUGUCAAGGCAAAACUGAAGGCUCCGGGUUAGUUAUUUGAUUGGUUCAAGUAAGAAAAAAACCUGACAAAUCACUCGGCAGAUAUCUGUCGUUUGAAGAUUAUAGAUGGGGAAACACCUGAUUUCAAAGCCGGGAAAUUUUAACAUUAUGCUUGCUGCGAUUCUUUGACGUACACCAAAGGAUCAAACUAGUCUUCUCGUGUCAUCCACACGUUUGAGCAUACAGAGCCGUUGAUUUUGACAUGACAUACUCCAGGGAUGCAUAGUGACUACACAAUAUUGAAUGAUACUAAAUCAGAAAAUUCACUGCCCAGCUGAUGAGACAAAUCACAAAUACAUGUUUCCCCAUAGAUUUUUCUGCCUAUUUGUUUCUUUAUUGAUUUUUACAGAAAUGGCAUGCAUGUUAUGUAUGAAUAUGUACUUAGUGUUGAUUACUUCGACAAUGGCGUAAAAUAUCAGUGAUAGUUGAUUUUCAUGCUUUUGCAUUGAAAUAAAUCAGGAUUAAGGAUUAUACAUGUAACCUAUUUAAUGGCCUCUUCCUGCCUAUAAUUUCUUCAAACAUUUUUUUUCUAUGUUUUACAUAAUUAUUUUGACAUUCCAUUCAAUUUUAUCAUUCCAUUCAGAGUGCGGGCUUAAGAUAUUGGUGUUUUUGGGGCCAACUACUAAAUUGAUUCAAUAGUGUUAUACAAUGUUGUGUCAUCUUCGAUACAAAUGUCUAGUCUUCUUGGGUCUGCCUACGUUUAACCAUGUGGAUGGCUAUUUUUUUGUCAAGAUUAAUCUCUAUAAAAAUAUGGAAUUACUGUUCAACUUUCUAUCUGCAAAAUGUCGUGCGUUUGUACAGAAAACAAUACUGCUUUUUUUUCUGGAAUAUGUUAAUUAGCAUAACCGAUAUAUUUUUAAUUAUAUUUCUAAACAAGGUUUUACACAGCUAGAUUAGAUUAUAUCACACAGCUGUGAUCUGAUGUUGGAGGGAUGUUUCUACCUCUUCCUGAAAACAGACAUCAUCAACAUAUUCGCAUGCAGAUACUAAAUGCACUUGAUCUUUGAGGGUUAAUCGUCAUGUUUUGUUUGUAAAUAGAUAUCGCUGGGGAAAAUAUACGAAAAUAUGCAUUCUGCCAACAACAUCAUAAGAGUGACUUUUCACCGUAUUUUUCCUCGGAAAGACUCAAUUCUGUGUCUGCAGUCAAAAGAAUUACUGAUUCAUAAAGUUCAGUCAAGUUUCUUACAGAAUUGUGUAUUGUGGUUUUGUGAUAAGUUUAAAAAACUGGUACAGUAUAUAUUUAUAUUGCUGGUGGUGUGUUGUGUAUUGCUGUGCCCAUUAGUGUCUACGCUAAUUUUGUGUUCUUCAGUGAAGAUAAAAAUAGUAAAUUUGAUGGAUUUGUAUUCAUGUGUAUAGUUAGAUAGAUUUAUUGAGAAGUUAAUUUUUGUUUCUCAAAAUUCGGAUUUAAGACAUUGACCAGAGUCAGAUAUUACACAAAAAGUUGGGGUAUGAAAUUUCAAGUUAUCAUUUGUCUUAGAAGGACAACAUUUGGUGUUUUUCCAUUAUAUCAGAAUCAAAGUAUUUUUUUGUACAAUGGAUUACCAAGUAUUUUUUUUGUACAAUGGAUU